AACAUGAUCACCAGCCAAAUUGGCACACCGUUGCUGUCGGAACGUCAACAGCGAACGUUCCCACACCCUUUAGCGGAAGUCCGAACGUGCCUCGAACCAAAAAUUGUUUGCUGGGUUGUGAGUUUUUUCCACAUAUGUUUGCGAUUUCACAAUGUCCGAGGAUAUCCGAGUUUUUUUCUGGAAAAUAUAUGACUUUGAGAUUUAAUCUCAAAACAUCUGAGAAUUUACGCCGUCGUAGUAGGCUACAGUCAUAUACAGACAAAAAUAUUGAGAUGAAAGACACAUCCGUAAAUGAUUGUUAUGGAGAAGCUGAGGACACCCACAACUCUUUCCACUGUGUUUUGCAGCUCUCUGCCUCCACCCCCAGUGAUAGAGGUGCAGUACCGUCAUGGCCGCCCUGUCCUUCACUUGAUGCUGCCGUCUCGCGGUGAGGCGUGCCGCUUCCCGCUCAGGCCCAUGAUGAUGACCGUGGCCGACCUUUUGUCUGACAUCCAGAAUGAGGACCCUGGGGUCACCACAACAGCCAUACUCACCGCAGAUGGAAACAAGGUGUCCUCCAGUACCCUACUCGACUCAGUUCUGAAUAAUAACUUCCAGCUGGUCAUCAAUGACACCACCUACAGCAUUAUCUCACCCUCCAAUGAUGAGCUGUGCCAUGAGCAUCUGACGGGGCUGGAGGACGUGAAGAUGGUUGUGCACCUGCUCUACACGGCCCUCCAUCUGCCAGAGCACCAGCGACUCAAGGAGAGGCAGCUCCUGGAGAGACUGGACACCCUCAGACAGCUGCUGCAGCCCCUGGAGAGGGAGCGUGCUGGUCUGGAGGCGCGGGCGGAGGCUGAGUCUAUGCGGUACGUGUGGGGGGGGCUGGCCUACAUGUCUGUGCAGGGGGGGUUCAUGGGCUGGCUCACCUGGUGCGUCUUCUCCUGGGAUGUCAUGGAGCCCGUCACCUACUUCAUCACCUACACCUGGAGCAUGGGGCUGCUCGCCUACUUCCUACUCACACAGCAGGGAAACAACCAGCAACCUGUCUCAGUAGCCAAUCAGGAGUUCAUGUAUGCUGAUGCCAAAGACCGUCACUUCUUGUCCCACCUCCACCGUGCAGCAGCCAGAGAGGGGUUUGACAUCACACAUUACAACAAGCUCAAGGAGGAGGUUCUCCAGGUGGAAAAUGACUUGCGUCGCUUGAGGAAUCCCAUCAAGCUCCAGUUACCAGUGGAGCAAGUCCAAGGCUGAGGCUGACACACACACAGACUAGACUCUUAGAGGACUGUACUGUUACUGUGCUGGGCUCUGCAUCUACAUGGGAUAUUGCCUUAAGAUUGUGAAACACAAUAUCAUUCAUAUCCCAUGAGACACUGCCUUGUCUGACUGAUGGGUUUGAACCUGAGUUUAACUCAAUGUUUCUAUUGUAAUGUUUAUGUCUGUUACAGGCUUUUAUUUGUAUGUUGUCUAUUGUUAUAACACAUUACAAAUUAUUUUGUGAAAAUAAAGUAUUUUCUUGCUUA